UUCCGACGAUGAAGGACACGUCAGCAGAAUCUCCACCCUUAGUAUUGUCAUUGCUUCGGUUGCGAGGUACAUCGGAUCUUCUCCGAUACGAAUCACUAGCUCCACCAACGGAUCCGGAAGAAGAAGAAGAAGAAGAGCCGCGACUUCGACGAUUCAUGGCUUAAGAGUUUGAGAUCACCGACGAAGGAAGGGUCCUCCCCUCAGCGGCACAUGGCCUGUUCGUCUCAGCGAAUGCUUCAACAGUUGUCUCUUUUAGAAUUCAAGACAAGAGAGAUGGAAGUGAGAAGCGAGCUGAAGCAUAAUAUUUACGAGAUUUUCAAAGACUUUAUCACGGGGAUCACAAAGCUUGAGGAACUAGAUAAUGCUGCAAACACCUUUCUUCUACGCUUUCAGCAAGCGCUCUCCUUGCUCAAACGCUCUCCAAUACUCACUUCCUCCAAGUUCAUCGAGAGCAUUCUCAAGAACAAUGAAACUAGACGGCUUAAAUCAUACGUAGAAUCAGGCUGUAUUAACAUCGAUGACGCUGCACUAAGCACACGGGCUUUGCAUACAUCUCUAUCAGGACUUUCUGACCACCUAAUCAAAGCUCAAAGCUUGUUAUCUGACCUCGAGCAUCUCACUGAUGAUGCCGCCCUUGCAAUUGAUACUGCAACAAAGCUCUCCACACAACUAGAUGAAGCAUCAAGUGAUGGUUUGCGACAAGUGACAAGUGAUGAAGAGAACGAAACUGUAUCUUUUGCUCAAGAACCUGAAGUUACAGAGUACGCUACAGUUAUUGCUGUGGUUUACAGUAUGGUGGAGCAGAACUAUGUUAUGCAGGAAAAGAUUGUGAGAUCUCUUAGUUUAAAGACCUCAUUUGAUGAACUCGAUACUUACACCAUGAUGUGGUCAUUGCGUCCGUUUGUAGAAGACCAGAUUAUGAACAGAGCAUGGAAAUGUAUCUACUAAUACUCACUUAUUCAAUCAGCUUUGUCAGUUAUUCAAUCAGUUUUGUUUGAUUAGUUUGUUACUUUGUUUCCCAUUUCUUGAAAAGAAAGCAAAUACGGGCCCUAUAAUUAGGUAGCUAGUGCUUUUUCUAAAUAUAUUAGUGAA